AUGAUCGUCUCCGCUCACAUCGUCAAUCUCGGGCUGCUGGUGGCUGCCGGCCUCAGUUCGGCCGCGCUGGUGCCAGCCCGCCGCGCCUCCACAAAUAGCCUGCCCCUGAGUGCUUGCCCAGGCUAUAAGGCGUCCAAUGUCAAGACGAGCCAGACAGGUCUCACGGCCGACCUGAGCCUCGCUGGCACUCCUUGCAACACAUAUGGCACCGAUCUCGACAAGCUUACUCUCGAAGUCACGUAUGAGACUGGUGAUCGACUGCACGUAAAGAUCCAGGAUCCGGCAAACGAUGUCUACCAGGUGCCUCAGUCCGUGUUCCCACGGCCCGGGAGUCAUGGUGGGAACUCUAAAACAUCAGCCUUGAAGUUCAAUUAUAAGACGAACCCCUUUUCCUUCUCGGUCACGCGCGCCAAGACUGGCGAGGUUCUGUUCGACAGCUCGGCUGCGCCCCUAGUGUUUGAGUCGCAGUAUCUGCGCCUGAGAACCAAGCUGCCCGACAACCCGAAUCUAUACGGGCUUGGCGAGCACUUUGAUCCCUUCCGGCUCAACACGACCAACUACAUCCGCACUCUUUGGUCGCAAGAUGCCUAUGGGACCCCCGGCGGCGCCAAUCUCUACGGCAACCACCCUGUCUACUUUGAGCAUCGCAAGUUUGGCACCCAUGGCGUCUUCCUCCUCAACUCCAACGGCAUGGAUGUGCUCAUCGACAAGACGGCGCAAUCGGGCCAGUUCCUCGAGUACAACACCCUCGGCGGUGUCUUGGACUUCUACUUUGUCGCCGGCCCCAGCCCCAUUGAGGUUUCGCGGCAGUAUGCCGAAGUCGCCGGGCUGCCUGCCAUGAUGCCCUACUGGGGUUUUGGAUUCCACAACUGCCGAUACGGCUACCAGGAUGCCUUUGAAGUGGCCGAGGUUAUUUACAACUACAGCCAGGCCAAAAUCCCCCUCGAGACCAUGUGGACCGAUAUCGAUUACAUGGACCGGAGACGGGUCUUCUCGUUGGAUCCCGAUAGAUAUCCCAUCUCCAAGGUGCGCGAGAUUGUGGACCACCUGCACGCCAACAAUCAGCAUUACAUUCUCAUGCUGGAUCCUGCCGUGCCGUAUGCCGACUACCCGCCUUUCCAGAGAGGCGUCGCCGACAACAUCUUCCUGCUCCGCGCCAACGGCUCCGUCUGGCAGGGCGUCGUAUGGCCUGGCAUAACAGUGUUCCCUGACUGGUUCGCCAAGAAUAUCGCCAGUUGGUACGCCAAUGAGUUUGCUGUCUUUUUUUCCAAGGACAAGGGGGUGGAUAUUGACGGCCUCUGGAUCGACAUGAAUGAGCCAUCCAACUUCCCCUGCAAUUUUCCAUGCAGCGACCCAGCUGCGGCCGCCGUUGGGUUCCCGCCAGAUCCGCCACCGGUUAGGAGUCCGCCGCGCCCGCUUCCUGGAUGGUCUUGCGCUUUCCAGCCCGCCGGUACAGCCUGCAAGCGGGAUAGCGAGGAUGUUUCGGUCGUCCGAGAUGUGGCCGUAAUCCGUGGGCCCAUUUCCCCCGAGUCCGACGCGCUUUCCGCUCGCUUCGCUAAGGGCCAGCAGCUAGGCCUCCCUGGCCGCGAUCUCCUCUUCCCCAAGUAUGCUAUUCACAACAAGGCGGCAUUCACAGACUCUUGGAAUUCAGACCAUGGCGGAAUAUCUAACCACACCGUCAACACCGACGUUAUCCACCAGAAUGGCUUGGCUGAGUACGAUGUCCACAACAUCUACGGAACCAUGAUGUCGACCCAGGUUCGCGAGGCAAUGGCUACCAGGCGGCCCAGACUUCGCCCCUUCGUCAUCACUCGGUCGACCUUUGCCGGCGCCGGUGCCAAGGUGGGGAAGUGGCUAGGAGAUAACUUUGCCAGCUGGGAUGCCCUUCGCGGUUCGAUCAGGGGUUCUCUGGCCUUUGCAUCCAUUUAUCAGGUGCCCAUGGUGGGCGCCGACGUCUGUGGGUAUGCGGGAGACACGACCGAAGAGCUCUGUGCACGGUGGGCCAUGGCUGGGGCCUUUUAUCCCUUUUACCGAAACCACAACGAGUACCCGCCGACCAUCUCGCACGAGUUUUACCGCUGGGCCUCGGUGGCCGAAGCUGCACGCAAGGCCAUCGAUAUUCGUUACCGACUUCUGGACUACAUAUACACGGCCCUGUAUCAGCAGACGGUCGAUGGCAGCCCGCUGCUCAACCCCAUGUUUUACCUCUACCCCGGCGAUGACAAGACCUUUGGCCUCGAUCAGCAGUAUUUCUUUGGUCCGGGACUCUUGGUAGCGCCCGUCCUGCAGCAGGGUGCCACGGGUGUAGAUGUCUACCUUCCCAAGGACGUUUUCUACGACUGGUACACUCACAAGCGAGUGCAGGGCAACGGGCAAUCUAUUCACGUCUCGAACCAGAGCCUAUCCGACCUCCCGCUUUACCUACGUGGAGGCGUCAUUGUCCCUGUCCGGGUGAAGUCGGCCGCUACCACAACCGAUGUGCGCAAGCAGAACUUUGAGCUGCUCAUCCCCGUUGGCGCCGACGGCACAGCCUCAGGCCAGCUGUACCUUGACGAUGGUAUUAGCGAGACGCAGCACGGGAUAACCCUUAUCAAGUUCAGCUAUGCGAGGGGAAUCUUGGUGGCCAAGGGCACCUUUGGGUACCGGACUGAUGCCAAGAUUUCCAAGGUCACUCUGAUCAAGGCGGGUCGCGGAAAGCGAGAUGCAGAUGACGUCCAAGACAGCAUCCUCGACGUGAGCCAACCCCUCACAGGGGAUUUUACCAUCAGCAUCUCUUGA